CCAGCAGUAGAGACGAAGAGGAAGGAACACAGUGUAAGCAACUGGGAGGUACCGGUGAUGUAGGUGAUUGGACGGGACUCCUGCUACUGCGAGCGAGGCGUGCCUACCGGAGACAGCGCUUUCCCUGGAGCUGCGUUCCCAUCCUCUCAGCCCAGCAAGGACUCAACGCUUUCUCCGUGGUUACUCACUGUUCCUUGUUCACUUUCAACCGUUCUACGGAGUCUUUUUCAUCAUUAUUCAGAAUUGUUUGGAUUUCUCCUACUCUAAAAAAAAGGAAAAUCCUUUCAUCCCAUGAAUUAAUUUAACAAGUGUUUACUGUAUACAAGUUACCUGGCACUGUGCUCAGCUCAGAGGAUACAGCAGUCACCAAAACAGACCCAGUACUUGCUCUCAUGGAGUUUUACAGUCAAGCUGGGGAAGUGGACGCUGAUUAAAGAAUCACCAAAAAAAAAAAAAAAAGUGAAAUUGUAAUUGGUGUAAGAGCAACAAUGGAGAAAAACACAAGAGGGUAGGACUGGGGGGGCCUGAUGUGGACAUUUAAGUCAAGACCUGAAGAAUGAGUGGAUGUUAGGUAAAGCAUAGGAGAAGAGCUGUCCAAGUAGAGGAAAUGGAUUGGGUCAGGCCUCAAGGUAGACAGACACUUGGUGGAUGGAAGCAUCUAUUUCAGCCAAACAUGGCUGGAGCGUAGUGAUGAGGUGAGGUGAUGAGGAAAGGGGGCCCUGGAGCCUACAAGGCUUAUAUUAAGAGGAUUAGCUUCUAAGAGCAAUGGGUGUGACAGCCAAAGUCCUCCAGUGGCCUACAAGAUCGUCAUGAAGAAGCCACGCGCAGCUGUGGGAAGUCGUCGCAGGAAGCAGACAUCCAGUGGGGAGGAAAGGGAGAAACAUGCCCUCAGCAGCAGCCAGGCCAGGCCUACUAUCCCUGAUGGCAGAGGGUGAGGUGGACCUGGACAGGCGGGCAUAUGCUGUAUGGGUCUCAGAGGUCAUGCUGCAGCAGACCCAGGUUGCCACGGUGAUCGACUAUUAUACCAGAUGGAUGCAGAAGUGGCCAACACUGCAGGAUCUGGCCAGUGCUUCCCUGGAGGAAGUGAACCAGCUCUGGGCUGGCCUGGGGUACUACUCUCGAGGCCGGCGGCUGCAGGAGGGAGCCCGGAAGGUGGUAGAGGAGCUCGGGGGCCAUGUGCCACGCACAGCAGAGACCUUGCAGCGGCUCCUGCCUGGCGUGGGGCGGUACACAGCUGGAGCCAUUGCUUCCAUUGCCUUUGGCCAGGUGACCGGUGUGGUAGAUGGAAACGUAGUGCGGGUGCUAUGCCGUGUCCGAGGCAUUGGUGCCGAUCCCAGCAACACCUUUGUCUCCCAGCAGCUCUGGAGCCUAGCCCAGCAGCUGGUAGACCCAGCCCGGCCCGGAGACUUUAACCAGGCAGCCAUGGAGCUGGGAGCCAUAGUGUGCAGCCCGCAACACCCACACUGCAGCCAGUGCCCUGUCCAGAGCCUGUGCCGGGCACACCAGAGGGUGGAGCGGGAGCGGCUUCCAGCCUCACAGAGCCUGCCAGGCAGUCCUGACGUGGAGGAGUGUGCUCCCAACACUGGACAGUGCCAGCUGUGCGCACCUCCUACAGAGCCCUGGGACCAGACGCUGGGAGUGGCCAACUUUCCCAGAAAGGCCAGCCGUAAGCCCCCCAGGGAGGAGUGCUCUGCCACCUGUGUUCUGGAGCAGCCCAGGGCCCCUGGGGGUGCCCGGAUUCUGCUGGUGCAGAGGCCCAACUCAGGUCUGCUGGCAGGACUGUGGGAGUUCCCAUCUGUGACUGUGGACCCCUCAGGACGGCAUCAGCGCAAGGCCCUGCUGCAGGAACUGCAGAAUUGGGCUGGGCCCCUCCCAGCCACCCACCUGCAUCACCUAGGGCAGGUGGUCCACACCUUCUCUCACAUCAAGCUGACCUAUCAAGUAUAUGGUCUGGCCCUGGAAGGGCAGGCCCCAGUGACAGUCACAGCACCUGGCGCUCGCUGGCUGACUCGGGAAGAGUUUCACACCGCAGCUGUCUCCACCGCCAUGAAAAAGGUGUUCCGCGUGUACGAAGGCCAACAGUCAGGGACCUGCAAGAGCUCCAAAAGAUCCCAGGUGUCUACUGCAUCCAGCCGGAAAAAGCCCAGCCCAGGCCAGCAAGUCCUGGAUCGUUUCUUUCGGCCCCAUAUCCCCACAGAUGCACCUAGACUCAACAGUGCGGCCCAGUGACACAUCUGGAAGCGCCCUCCUCUUGAGAAUCCUGUUUUUUAAUAAAGUACUUAUUUUUAUAGUCGUU